CUAAUCUACCUCCCCCAAAGGUUAAUUAACAACUAGACUCAAUAGGUUUCUUGCGGUGAAUGUAGUCUCACCGUGCGUGGGGCGUGAGGAGAAGCUAAUAACAUGUUUGUUGUGUAGGAUCAAUAGGUUUCUUUAUAAGCCAACCAAAACCCACCUCUUAUGCAAACAUCACAUUCCAUUACAAACCACCUGGCAUGGGUCACAAUAGCAUAGACAUGGAGAAGGAGAGAUUAACGGCGGAGAUGAACUUCAAGGACUCGUCCUCCGCCGUCAUCAGAAUCCGGCGGCGGAUGCCGGAUUUCCUUCAGUCGGUGAAGCUCAAGUACGUGAAGCAGGGAUUGGGAUACGCGUACUCGUGCAACGCAGGCACGGGCAUUGCGAUUGCGAUGCUAGCCAUGAGUAGUGUAAGCCUGAGCGGUGUGAAAGUGUGGGUGGCAGUGGCGGGGGCGCUGCUCUUGGGUCUGUACCAGUGGAAGCGGUCCCCCUCGGUGUACAUGGUGGACUUCGCGUGCUACAAGCCGGAGGAGGAGCGGAAACUGUCGGUGGAAGGGUUCCUGAAGAUGACCGAAGAGAGUGGGGCGUUCGAGGAAGAGUCGCUGGAGUUCCAGAGGAAGAUUUGCAGGAAGGCGGGGUUGGGCGACGAGACCUACGUUCCGAGGGGAAUCAGUUCCCGGCCGCCGAAUCUGUGCAUGGAGGAAGCGCGUGUGGAGGCGGAGGCGGUGAUGUUCGGCGCUCUGGACGCGCUUCUGGCGAAAACGGGAAUUGAGGCGAAGGACAUUGAUAUUCUGGUGGUGAAUUGCAGUUUGUUCAACCCUACACCUUCUCUUUCGGCGAUGAUAGUGAACCACUACAAGCUGAGGAGCAACAUCAAGAGCUUCAACCUGGGGGGGAUGGGAUGCAGCGCGGGGUUAAUCUCGAUUGACUUGGCGAAAGACCUUCUGAAAGCAAACCCUAACUCGUACGCGGUGGUGGUGAGCACGGAGAACAUGACGCUGAAUUGGUACAUGGGAAAGGAGCGGUCCAUGCUUGUGUGCAACUGCAUUUUCCGCAUGGGAGGGGCAGCGGUGCUCUUAUCCAACAAGGGGCGGGAGAGGGCCCGGUCCAAGUACGAGCUGCUCCACACCGUACGGACGCACAAGGGGGCCGACGACAGGAACUACAAUUGCGUGUACCAGAAGGAGGACGGCAGCGGGAAAGUAGGGGUGUGUUUGGCGAGGGAGUUGAUGGGCGUGGCAGGGGACGCUCUCAAGACAAACAUAACCACUUUAGGGCCUCUGGUACUCCCUUACUCGGAGCAGUUUAUGUUUUUGGUGUCUCUGUUUCGGAGGAAGCCCUACAUUCCGAACUUCAAGCUGGCCUUUGAGCACUUUUGCAUCCACGCGGGGGGGAGGGCGGUGCUGGACGUGCUGCAGAAGAAUCUGGAGCUGAGCGAGUGGCACAUGGAGCCCUCCAGGAUGACCCUCCAUCGGUUCGGGAACACCUCCAGCAGCUCCCUCUGGUACGAGCUGGCUUAUACCGAAGCCAAGGGUCGGGUGGCCAAGGGGGACCGUGUUUGGCAGAUUGCCUGUGGCUCUGGUUUCAAGUGCAACAGCGCCGUUUGGAAGGCCCUGCAGGACAUCCACGUCCUCACCGACUGGCGUGGCAACCCCUGGGAUGACUCCUUUCAUUACUACCCUAUUUCUCUUCCUGCUGCUGCUUAAUUAUAUUAUUAUCACUAAUAUCAAUUUAUCACUUCUCUCUCUAAUGUCUCAUCCCUUUUAAUAUCAUUUCUCAUCAAUUCAAAUUUAUUUCACAAUCCUAUAA